UUCUAUAUUAGCAAUGGUCGAAUCAGUUAAAUUAUCAUCAUCUACCCCACUUUCUUCUUCCGAUGACAAUACCUUUGAUGAUGCUAUCGAUUCUUUUUCUCAUCCAAAAUCACCAUCUUCCUCAUCAUCAUUAAAAAGGACACGAGGUAGGCCUCUAGGUUCCAAGAACAAACCGAAAUUAACCCUUCCAAUUAAUCAAAACAAUGAGCAUGAUGAAAAACCUAUUUUUAUCCAAAUCCCUAAAAACUCUGAUGUAAUUGAGACAUUGAUCAAAUUUGCCCGUGACUACAAAAUUAGCAUUACAGUGAGAAGUGCAUCAGGAUCUAUUCUGAACGCUACUCUCCGUGACAAUCAAUAUGGAACUUCUACUUUCAUUGUUCAUGGACCAUUCACUUUAGUUUCUCUUACUGGAACUUGCAUACAUAACAACUCUUCUGGUGUUUCGUUAUCGUCUAAUGUUGAUCUGAGUUGUUUUUUCAAUAUUUCUUUUUGCUCAAAUUCAGGUCAAAGCUUUAUUGGAAUUGUUGGAGGAAAGGUUAUGGCAGGUGACAAUGUUGUUCUGACUAUUACUGUCUUUAGAAACUCUUAAACUCGUUGAGAAAAAAUUAAUAUUGAUCAUGAAAAAUAAGAUUAGAAGAAUGGUUAAGUUCUAUUUAAGUUCUGUCAUAUGUGAUGUAUUAGUUUUUCUCUCACUUUUUUUUAUUAUUGUGUCAUUAGAAGCAUGAUAAUUUGUAGAUUUAUUUUGGUGAAAUCUAAGAGGUGGCAAUGUUUUAAUGUA